CCUAAACUCACCCAAUUCCCUGACGCUGCUGCGUCCACCCUCAUCCGUGAACUAUAUAUACCGCGUCCACCUUCACUUCACUUUAGACCUCCACUGCCUCUGUCUCUCUCCCUCUACUAAACACCACCAACUGGCUAGGCCAAUACAAUCGACCACCCAGAGCCACCGUGAAGUAAUUAAGUAAUUUGCUAUGGACCUGGACGGCCUAGACGAACCGAGCAAGGUACGAAAACCACCCAGCAGAUUCGCGCCAACUUCAAAGAAACCUCAACCAAAAUCAAAACCUAAACCUAAACCCGAACCUCAGGAAUCAGUACCGGUGGCACCAAAACCCGACCCUUCAGUUUCUAACACAGCCGAAGAUGCUAAACCUAAAAUUGAUGAUACGCUUUCGAAGACGGAAACGGGGGUUUCCAAUGGUAAUGUGAAGAUGGAAAUUGAUGCUAAAGAAGAGAGAGGAGCGGCUGUAAAGGAAAAUGAUCCAAUGGAUGUUGAUAAAGAAGAGGAUGAGGAUGAUGUGGUUGUUCGCGAAAUUGAUGUUUACUACACUCCGUCCGUCGACCCCAACACUCAGUUAUAUGUAAUGCAAUAUCCAUUGAGGCCGUGUUGGAGACCGUAUGAAUUGGAUGAAAGAUGUAAAGAGGUUAGAGUGAAACCUAAAAGCACCGAAGUGGAGGUUGAUUUGUCUAUUGAUGAUACUAAAAACUAUGACCCUGAUAUUGCUAGCAGAUUGAAUAUGAAAAAGCAGACUUUGUCGUCCUCAUGGUCGCCGCCUCCUGCUACUGGGUAUGCUGUCGGGGUUCUUAUAGGUAAUAAGUUACACCUGAAUCCUAUUCAUGCAGUGGUGCAGCUUCGGCCAUCAAUGGACUAUCUAAGUUCUGGUAAUUCUAAAGGGAAAAAAAAUGCCACAAGUGGAGAAGAUUCCAAUGAGGGGAAACCCUUGGGUCUACCAAAGAAGCAGAGCAAGCAGAUGAGUUCAGGAAAUGAGCAAAAGCCAGAUGUUGAGGAGUCUUGGAUUCCUCUGAAGUACCAUGGCUCAAAAAGUGAUUUAUCUUCCAGAUAUCUACAGAACAUGGUGGCACCAGAAAGUUCUACCAUUGAGUUUGCAAUGAGCCCGUAUGACUACAUGAGCUCCUUGUGUCCUGGGAUAUCAAACAACAAUAUUAAACUCAAUGGUCCUUCAAGAAGGGUUUUGCUUUCACUGCCUCUGGAAGAACGAAUUAAGAGGCUGUUUUUGGAGGGACCUCCAAUUCAUCGGUUUGCUGCUCUUAGGCAUCUUAUUCCAAAUGACUCCAUUGAAGAUCUCUUAAUAGUUCUUCAGGAGUAUGGGCAAUUAGUGCAAGGACUAUGGGUGCCAAAAACGAGUUUACUGUUUCCCAACCCAAAGCCAACUGAAAAGGUUAAACUUGCAGCUAGAGAUUACAUACUUCUUUUAUUUAGCAAGAGUUUGGUGGUCACCCCUUCAGAACUUAAUGUCCCAAUGAAGCCUCUGAUUCUGAAGAGCUUCCUGAAUAUAUUUGCUGUUGAAAGGCCUUCCUUUAAGGAUUGGAAGUUCAAAGAAAAUGUGGAUACAUUGUUUGUAGAACUGUACCCAGACAUUGUUAGAAAGCAAGAACAAGCUUGGGAAGUCAUGGGAAAAAACAUUUCUGCUGCUUUUGAUCGAGCUGGAAAAAGUGUGUCCAAGAAUGUGAUAACAAAGCCGAAGAAAACCAUGACAGAUGAAACUCGAGAAGCUCUGCGGAAGGCCUUGCCAAAAGUUCUCCAAACUCACAAGGUUUGCAGUUUUCAAAUGAUUUGCCAAGGUUUGCGACAGUUGGCCAUCUCUCAGUCUACUCUUCCAAAGGCAGAUCCUAGAAUUGCAGUAGCUGCAGCCUCUGGUGCUGAAGCUCCUCCAGAGGAACUUCAAGAAGUCAUAAGUGAAGUCGCAACUAAUAUUCAUGGCUUUUAUGUUUUGAAGUCUUCACCAGAACACCCAGAUUUUGAUCCAUUGAGAAAAGUUGUAAUUGGGCUUUUUCUGGCAAGAGGACCAAAUGCGAACAUUAAGAAGUCAGAGGUCCAAGCAGCAGCCAGGCUUGAGCUUAAGAGGGAGCCUUCAAACAGUGAAUAUAUUAAGGUCAUGACUGAUUUAUGCGAAUCCAAAGGUUCUGCGUGGGUAUUGAAGAGUGGUGAUGGAAAACCAUCAUGAUUUGGUUGAAGGUCUUGCGUUUUUGCAAGUGCCUUUUGUUUCAUUUGCCGUUUGUGGAGGUGCUUGUCAUGUUAUGGCGCAAUGGCGAUUAAGCUAGCUGUACAUUCUGACUGCAGUCCUUGGGGAGCAAUAAAACCAAUUGUGGUAUAGAGCUGAUUGUUCCAAGAACGUUCUUAAAAGUGGAUCAAUGGUCAUAACUGCUCUGAUGCUUCCUCACGGUUGUGGCUCGGUACAUAAUUAGGUGUUAGUAAAAUCAAAGUUUGACUGGAUUUCAAUUCUUUGGUUUCUUUCUAUCUAAUUUCUUCUUGUGAGAAUUACUAUUGAGAUAUGACCGUUACAAGACUUGGAAAAUUAGACUUGAAAAAAAAUCAUGUUGUCAAGGAGGUGAGCGCUAGAAGUCUGCAUGGUCGUGCUUGACCUAUUUGAAUCGGGGUUGGCAACCAAGCUUCUCAGGAGGAUAGAUGGGGGCAAUUCAGGUGAGUGUACUGAGCAAAACUCCAGUGGCGAACCGCUGUGCAUGGUAAGAAUGUUCUAAGAUUGAAAUUGACUAGAAAAACAUUAUUUGUGUCAAUCAAGCAAAUGAUGCAAUGAAGAGGAAUUUGUUCAAGGAAUAGAAGAGAGUUUGUAAUCUGUCUAA